AUGAGCGCUCAAGCCCUUUCACUUGCAGAACUUUUACGUCUUAGAUCUCUCUCAUCUAGUGGAACGAGUCUGGGUUCAACGUGUCCGGGUGCCUCGGCUUGGAGCAAGCGACGCCGCGAAAAGCUCUUUCUUUUGCGAGCUCGCGCUGGUGAGGUCCAGCAAACCUUGUCCCAUUCUGGUUCUCUUUUGGAGGAAGCACACUGUUCAUUCUGCAGCAUUGUGGAUACUUCUAUAGCUGAAACGGAUGGAAAUGGGGUUACAGGCUCGGAUGAGUCUCAAAAGCAGCGCCUUCGUGCAGCGAUCGGAGCAACGAGUCGAAGGACGAGAGGGCGAGCUCCUCGUCGUCUUUCAACAGAAAUCCACGGAUUGGAGGACGUUGCGCAAUUCUGGGCACUAUAUAAAGCUCUAAGUACGUCGAAAGUGGACAAUAAAGUUGGUGUAGAUCAUGUAAAAAUAGACGACAUGGAGACAAGAGAGGUGAGCACGUUGCACAAUCGGUACUCACCACUGAGCGAAAGCGUUUUGCAUACGCCUGAUAGAAAUUUGGUCUCCGUAGCUCAGCGCCUGAACUUUGACCCGACAGACGAUCGCGGUGCGAGUUCCUACACACCAAUACAUAGUAGCGUCGGCCCAGCUGAGCAUCAUCAGAGCUCUGAUUUCCAUUUCGUGAGAGGCCGCAAGCGCAGCAGAAUUCAAAGCUCCGAGAGCGAAGGAAGCGCUCGAAAUGCUCUCGAAGGGCAUUCAACAUUGGAUUCUCCACAGACAAAGCACCACGAAUCCGUUCAAGUGCAACGCCUUGAAAUUUGCACGCCAGAAAAAUACCGAGCGAGCCAACUGGAACAUGGAUUCGAUCUGAGUUUUGGGGAUGAUGCUCCACAGUGCGAUCAGGGCCCAGUAUUCGAAUACACUCCGGAGAAUCAAAAAGAGCUUUCGCAUGAUGAGAGCGCAAAUCCUGAGGUAAGAAUAGUGCAGCUGCCUGCUGAGCCAUCGUCAACGGUUACCAAAGCGAUCCAAACAGAGAAUGAAACCACUUUUGAAGUGGUGAACAGACCCCGGCGUGUGAUGUGCGCUGGCGACUUCCUCAGUCAAACUGAAAGAGAGAAGUACAUGUCGCAUCGGCAGAAAAUUAAGUUUACCGCGUCGGAUACAUUUCGAAACGGGCGCCGCUCGCGCAUGCGCGUUCUGAGAUUUUGGCGGGGAGAAACUUUGGAGUAUGCGUUCAAUGAAAGAUUCCGAUUCCCGACGAUUGACUCGGUAAUCACCGCUCCGGCGUCGCCACGUGAUAUGCUGCCAGCCGAUCGUCGUCGAUAUUGCAAAGCAACCCCCAAAAGUGGUUUCCGCACAUUUUGCAGAAGCCGCAUUGUGACUCCAGAAAGGGCGGCUUUCUAUGCGGACGUUCGACCAAAUAUGCUUUGGGCUAGAUCCUAG